AGCUCUGUUGUCUGCAGAUGCUGACCAUGGUGGCCGCGGAAUCAAUGCGCCUUCUAAGAUCAUCUCCUCCGGGCAACUUCACUCUACACUCACCAGCUUUGGUCAAAGAUACGUAGAAACUUAAAACAAUUUUCCGAGGCAUCGCCAUACGUAUACGAGUUCCAAGUCAAAAUCAAAAUGGCGUCAGACAGCAAACACGAGCUACCGUUCAAGCUCAACAAUCCGGACUUGCUCCAUAGCCUAUCUUUUGUGAAUGGCGAUUGGGUACGAGCGAAGUCGGGAAAGACGUUCGAAGUGGUCGACCCUGGAACAGGAAAUCCAUGGAUAGAAUGUCCUACGAAUGAUGCAUCUGAUGUCGACGAUGCUGUUAAAAGCUCGCAUGCAUGUUUCCAGGACUACAAGAAGAUCAGCCCGCGACAACGAGCACAGAUGCUUUACCGAUGGGAUGCCCUGAUCAAAGAGAACAGGGAAGACAUAGCCACCAUUCUUGUUUACGAGACCGGGAAGCCUAGAGCCGAGGCGUAUGGAGAAAUCGACUACUCGACAGGCUUCACAUGGUGGUUUGCCGGCGAAGCUGAGCGUAUCCAAGGCAGUGUCUUCACUCCCGCGCUACCAAACAGACGCAUCUUCACGAUCAAGCAGCCGCUUGGUGUCGCUGUCGCGUUGGUGCCAUGGAACUUCCCUAUCGCCAUGAUUCUUCGCAAAGCUGGUGCGGCAUUGGCUGCGGGCUGCACAAUGAUUGUGAAACCCAGCCCGGAAACACCAAUCACUGUACUCACACUCGCCCACCUAGCUCAAAAAGCUGGGUUUCCAAAGGGGGCGUUGAAUGUCUUAACCACAGACCUCGACAAGACACCGGAGCUCAGCGAGGCGCUUUGCCGGCACCCGCUUGUGAGCAAGGUCACGUUUACAGGCUCGACGCGCGUUGGCAAGCUAGUCGCUAGGAUGUGUGCGGACAAUCUGAAGAAGGUUACAUUGGAGCUGGGAGGCAAUUGCCCUGUUCUAAUCUUUGACGACGCAAAUAUCGAGCAAGCUAUGACACAGAUCUUCGCACUGAAAUACCGACAUGCGGGCCAAGCGUGUAUUACGGCGAACCGGAUAUACGUUCAGUCGGGUAUCUUCGACAAGUUCCUCGAACGCUGGAACACAGAGACACAAAAGAUCGUGGUUGGUCACGGUUCAGAUGAGAAGACGACGAUGGGCCCAGUGACUACCCCACGGGGUGUCGAGAAAGCACUCGCUCUUGUCGAAGAUGCGAAGAAAAAAGGCGCGAAGAUCCAUACGGGCGGUAACAAGGUGGAGAAGGACGGUGGUUACUUCUUCGAACCUACCGUCAUCACCGGCGUUACGCCAGACAUGGACAUUGCCAAUGAAGAAGCCUUCGCACCGAUCAGUACAUUCAUCAAGUUCGAGACUGAAGAUGAAGCCGUAAAGGCCGCAAACGAUACCAGCAUGGGUCUCGCGUCCUACUGCUUCACAAAGAACGUUGAUCGCACUUGGAGACUGUUUGAGAAUUUAGAGGCCGGUAUGAUCGGCCUGAACACGGGCAACUCUUCUGCUGCAGAAUCGCCAUUUGGUGGCAUCAAACAAUCCGGCUAUGGCAAAGAGUCAGGGAAAGAUGUUGCAGUGAAUGAGUAUCUGAUUACGAAGACGGGUACCUUUACGCUGGAGGAGCAGUCGUAAGAUGGUAGGCGGUUUUAGGAAGUUAUCAAUGUCUCGAGCAUAUCGUCGAUUACAGCUGUUACGCGUCAUGGCUAGCUUCUAGGGACCAUGUCUGCAAGCUUGGGUAGCUUGCUGCAGGAUGGAGUGACGCCCCUGAUCCAAACUUGGCUUGCUUGUACGUUCACUGUCACUUUGUUGUUUAUGCUAUUGUUGGUGGUGAGACACAUAAUCGGGCAAUCGUAUUGUGCCGGGGCGUCUCAAUCACGCACGUGAUCACGUUAGUGCCCGCCCGCGCUUUGGAGCUUACCGACCGCGGCGCGCUGCU